UACUCGGAAUGUCAUCUACGCUCUACACAACAUUGGAGUCGUUUUAAUUGAAAUAUGACAUAGAGGUGUAAUCACAAUUAACAACAUUAUAAUCACCACCAUCCCGACAAGCAACAUUGUCAUCGUCAUCACUAUAAUCACCAUCGUUAUCAUCAAUACCGUCAUCGCCGUUUUGUAUGCAUGCAUCAGUGACACAGAUUGCGAGACGAGAUACUAGCCACUGAUGCGUAUGCGGUAAAGGGUGCAACGAACACUCAUUUUGGGUCAAUCUUCCAGAAUCUUUGGAGAAUCCGUUCGACCAAUCAUGGUGCUACCUUGCGAUUUAGACACCAGAGGUCAUAGGUCAAGCAUCCAACUCACCAACCUCACCCCUGUCAAACAGAUGCAACCCGGAAGCGGAAACUUCAUCCCUCAGAUAACCAACAUAAGCAAGGACUCGCACAUAGCAGGUAACGUCGUAGGUGGCGCCCCUUGCGCGAACCGUUAUCAGAACACCGACAUGCGACCGCCAAGGAGCGAAGCGCAACUGAGUCGCGAAGAGCGCCGCCGGAGACGACGCGCAACGGCGAAAUACCGAACUGCGCACGCGACGCGGGAGCGGAUACGUGUCGAGGCUUUCAACGUGGCCUUUACGGAGCUGAGGAAAUUGCUGCCGACGCUGCCCCCGGACAAGAAGCUCUCCAAGAUAGAGAUUCUCCGACUCGCCAUCUGUUACAUCGCUUAUCUAAAUCACGUACUAGAUGCAUAAAAAAAGGACCUCCAUAACUGUUGUCUUCGCCAUAGAAUUGGCAUUUUUUACUAAAGCAUUUACGACUACGUCACCUUUGUCUAGCAGUGAAAGAAAGAACAUGGAUUGCCUCUCUUUGUUCUGAGAGAAACGACUAGAAGGUCAUCAUUAAUUAAGGAACGUAAUAUGCUGUCAUUUUUAUAAGCAAGAAGAAGCCGAGCAAAAGUGUGUGUUCAUCAUAGCAUUGCCUUUAGUUGGAAUUGAUUUAUCUUCAAAACUGUCGAAUAUAUUAUACAUAUAAUUAUGUAUAACUGUGUUGGGUAUAUAGUGACCGCAAAGAUGAAUUCACUCUCCUUGCACUGUUGGCAAUAUGAACACAUUAUGUCCACACUGUUCAAUAGCGUGUUCCCAUUAUGCUUUGCGUUUUGAAACACGGUUUAGCACAAAGAUAAGUCCACAUUGCAGUGAUGAUAUGAUACAGGAUCAAGUUAUCAUCUGAACAACCCUUUACACAUUUUUGUUGUUGUAUUGUGUGUAACAUAUUCAUGUUUUAACAGAUCAUUACAGUUACUGGGAGAAUGUGAACGUGAGUACAUAAUUAAGAGUGCGACACCUGAAAAUGUGAAUGCCCCUUUUUUUUCUUCAGGAUUGACCAUUGAAUAUUUCGUGAUAUUUUUGUACGAUGGUCAUUUUCCUUGAAAGACUUCGUCAGUUGCAUGAAUUAUUAGAACAUGUGAUGACCUAUGGCAGGCUUUGACAGCUCCCUUCAGCAUGUUUAGUCUAAUAAUAAUAAAAGCUAGUUUUUAUAUAGCGCUUUUCAG